GCGGCGGUUAGGGUCGGAGGAGGUGGGGAGCCGCGCCUCUUUCAGCACCGCGGACAGCGCCGGGCCCAGCCGCUCCGAGUCUGGCGGCGCGGUGCACAGGGACGCGGCGGCUCCAGCGCCCCCGGGCCUCGAGGAGCUGCGAGCUCUCCCCCGGGGUCGCAGAGAAGGGAGGAGCGCCCUGCGAAACUCAGUCCGAGCCCUGGCCCCGGCCCCGGCCCGACGGCCGCGAUGCUGCUGGAAAUGGAGCUGCAGCGCGACCGAGAUGGGCCCGGGGCCCCGGCGGCAGCGGCCGUCUGCACCUUCCGGGGAACUCGGGAGAUCCCACUGUGUGCCGGCUGCGACCAGCACAUCCUGGACCGCUUCAUCCUCAAGGCUCUGGACCGCCACUGGCACAGCAAGUGUCUCAAAUGCAGCGACUGUCACACACCGCUGGCCGAGCGCUGCUUCAGCCGCGGGGAGAGCGUCUACUGCAAGGACGACUUCUUCAAGCGCUUCGGGACCAAGUGCGCCGCGUGCCAGCUGGGCAUCCCGCCCACGCAGGUGGUGCGGCGCGCCCAGGACUUCGUGUACCACCUGCACUGCUUCGCCUGCGUCGUGUGCAAGCGGCAGCUGGCCACGGGCGACGAGUUCUACCUCAUGGAGGACAGCCGGCUAGUGUGCAAGGCGGACUACGAGACGGCCAAGCAGCGAGAGGCCGAGGCCACGGCCAAGCGGCCGCGCACGACCAUCACGGCCAAGCAGCUGGAGACGCUCAAGAGCGCCUACAACACGUCGCCGAAGCCGGCGCGCCACGUGCGCGAGCAGCUCUCCUCCGAGACCGGCCUGGACAUGCGCGUCGUGCAGGUGUGGUUCCAGAACCGCCGCGCCAAGGAAAAGAGGCUCAAGAAGGACGCGGGCCGGCAGCGCUGGGGCCAGUAUUUCCGCAGCAUGAAGCGCGCCCGCGGCGGCUCCAAGUCAGACAAGGACAGCAUUCAGGAGGAGGGGCAGGACAGCGACGCCGAGGUCUCCUUCACGGAAGAACCCUCCAUGGCCGAAAUGGGCCCUGCCAACGGCCUCUACGGCAGCCUGGGGGAGCCCACCCCCGCCUUGGGCCGUCCCACGGGAGCCCCAGGCAGCUUCCCGCUGGAGCACGGGGGCUUGGCCGGCCCGGAGCAGUAUCGGGAGCUGCGCCCCGGCAGCCCCUACGGCGUCCCCCCCUCCCCGGCUGCCCUGCAGAGCCUUCCUGGCCCCCAGCCCCUCCUCUCCAGCUUGGUGUACCCAGAUGCCAGCUUGGGCCUUGUGCCCACGGGAGCCCCGAGUGGGCCCCCGCCCAUGAGGGUGCUGGCAGGGAACGGACCCAGCUCUGACCUGUCCACAGGGAGCAGCGGGGGCUACCCCGACUUCCCUGCCAGCCCCGCCUCCUGGCUGGACGAGGUGGACCACGCUCAGUUCUGACCAAGGCCCCAGCUCCACCGAGCACCGGACAUGAGGGGCGUAGGCAGCGAUGCUGCCCCUGGCUGGGCGGCCGGGAGCUGUGCUCUCUUCCUUUCCCGAAGCCCCGGACCUCAGCGGGAAGCAGGUGCCACUGGCGGGGGACAGCAUGAGGACGUCAAGGGAGGGCUCCUUUCUGUGGAGCACCCAGCCCCGCGGCCCCCUCCCUUGGGGCAGAUGGACUCUCUUGGCUCCUGUCUGCGACCGCUGGUCUGGGGACACAGGCGGCCCGCUGGUGGCUGCCCAGCAAGCCUUGUUUUGUAAGCAGAUUGCUCCCUUUGUCGACCGGUUAACUGAGCGCUUGCUGCUGUUUCUAGACGUGAAAUGUCACCCUGCCUAGGCCAGACCUCUGCCCGGGGCCUCUCGCCAGCCCAGAUCCGUACAGCCUCCAGGCUGGAAGACGCUUUAAUUUCUAAAAUUAAAAAAUACGCUCAUUGUGCUUUCAUUUCCCAGGUUCCGUAUGUCUGAGUUGUGUAGCCCCUUCGCCCCCUACUUUGGGUCACAGACGGGCCUUGUCUGUCCAGGAGGGAGGUGGCAGUGCGGGAGCCAUGCCUGUGUCCUUCCUGGUUCCUCUGGGGCCUCCCUGCCACCACCCCAAGCUUCCCCAGGAGCCUCCUCACCCCUCUUUCCUGGGGCAGCUGGCUCUGGACCUUUCUGUUCCUCUGAACUGAACUACCUGGUGCGGGAGACCGGACUUCCUGGGGCCCUUCCUCCCCACCAUCAACUCUUUCAGCCCAUCGGGAGCUCCUCUCAACCCAGACUAAGUUUUCAUCCCCUCCCCCCAGUCGCAGCCUCCCCCCGGCCCUCCGGCGUCCAGGCUACGCCCAGCCCACCGAUUUCCCAUUUCCGUUGCCAAACAGCCUUGGGCCCUCCCGCUCCGAGCUGGCUCUAACCGCCUGAGGACUGGAGGUCCCGCUGGAGGGGGCUGGGCCGGGCUCCUCUGAGCCGCCAGGCCUCCUCGCCCAGAUGCUUCCCUGCUGCCUCCCCAGACGCGAAGGCCGGCCGCCCAUGAUUCCAGGUGGUCUCCGCAAACCUGCACCCCAAGCUACCUGUUGGUUCUGUGAACGUCCCGUGUCUUUUAUUUAUUCUCUGACCAUCAGCUCUUUCCAAGAUUUCAAUAAAU